AUGAAGGCCCCUCAACGUAGCCUCUUGGACAAGGCUUCUCGCAUUCUUCCAGCGCCCCUUAAUGAUACCCAUGUAGGUGAUGACGUUUUAUCUCUGGAACCAUAUGGCAAGGUUUUGAGACGUGAAUGGUCUUCCGAGAAUGAAGUCCCAUCGAUCCUGGCCAGCGUAGAAGAGAAUAUGGUGUUUGGAGUUGUUUCUGUGACCUGUAAGAACACUGCUUUGCUGCUAGGUGCUGAAGUCGAAGUCGAAUUUGUGUGUCGUUGUGAGGAUGGCUGA